AUGGCUCACUCUUCACAACACCGCGCCUCUCGACGCUCCCGCCCCGUCCGCUCCAGUCGCACCCAGGUUCAGUCAUAUCAUGAGGCAAGCAGUUCAGAUGAGCACCCGGAUGAAGACAACCUCGCCUCGGACGAAGAGCGACCGUCGCUUUCCCUCCGUCCUCGCGAUUCCCACCGUGCGCCCGUCUCCUAUCGCGAAGACUCUACUGAUAACUCCUCCGAGGGGUCGAUCCCAGAAGAUCCGGAGGCGGUCAUUCCGGUCGAAACACCUACUCAGUUCACCUCUCCGUUUCCCGAACCAGCAGGUCGCAGCAGCAGCACGCAGACCCGACCGUCGCGCAGGCAAACCGUGAAAACCAGAUCGCAGACCAAAGGGACCAAAAGAAGCACCGGCAAGCGACACUUGGAAUUGGGCAGAUCACUCAAGAAAAAGAGGAAGGUGGAAACGGAUGAACCUCCCUUUGUAGGCUCUGGUGUGAUUCCACCCUGGCAGACUCUACCAUAUCAUGUUUUGUUCGAUAUCUUUUUCUUCGCCUCGUAUCCAUUAUUGGAGGAGAAGGCUACUAGAAGGCACAGCUCGGUGCAAUGGCUAGUGAACGUCUCCCUCCUCUGUCAUGCCUUCAACGAACCUGCGCUGGCUGUGCUCUAUCAGUGCCCACCGCUGCUCCCGGCCGCCAAGACCCAUAGUCUGCUGACUCUAUUGUCUUGUCCACAGCAAUCCCUCUCGACUAACUAUGCGAACAAAAUAAGAGAACUUCAUGUGGAUGUGGAAACCCUGCUGCUAUACAAGAGCGGGCCAACACUGGGGUAUUUCGAGUUGCCAAGGUUGAUCGAGAAGACGCCUCAAGUGAAAAGACUUCGGUUAUAUCACAGUGACGACUACAUGGUUGGCCUUCCUGCUUGGCAGAUCACUCGUUCGAAAUGGAUAUACCCCGACAGUCUCUUCUCGGCCAUCGAAUCGGCGUCGAUGAGGCUGCGUAGCUGGGAUUGGAAUAGCCGGUUCAUGGAGACCAAACGGCUUCUGCCGCUCAUGAUGGCGAAGCACCUUCAACCCGCCUUCCAGAAUAUCACGGAACUGAGGUUGCUGCACAUUGCCUGUGAGGACAUGUAUGGCGAUGAGUCGUGUAGCGAGUCUGAUGAAAGGGAGGUCGUCCUUGCAACGGCCCUCAAAGGACUUCCGCACCUGCGGCAUCUGGAAUUUCAAGAGUGUUCCAUCAUCAAUGAAUAUUUGAUGCCUAACCUGCCGACAGGACUUGUCUCGCUUACCAUCAAUAACUGCGACGACGUGACCACCGCAAAUUUCAGCGCCUUUAUUGCGACUCAUGGUCAGCACCUCCGGGAACUGACUCUCAGUCACAACCGGCAUUUGAGUCUGUCUUUCAUUGUGAUCCUGGCCCAGGCAUGCCAGAGCCUCGAAAAAUUCAAGAUGGACAUUUCAAUGCAUGACUGGUCCAGUUACCAUGACGUGGAACCCCAUUUCCGGGAACUACUCAGCCCGUCGGAGGUGCCCACCUGGCCAAGUACGCUGCAAGAGAUCGAGCUGGUGCAGUUGCGCAAGUGGGACGACCGCACUGCUGGAGUCUUUUUCACCUCGUUGAUCGACGCGGCGCCUGAACUGCGGGAUCUACGCCGCCUGAUGAUUAGCGCAAUCUUAAAGAUCGGGUGGCGCGACCGCGCAUCAUUCCGAGAGAAGUGGAUCGGGAACCUGGAGAAGGUGUUCCUCAGACGAAGCGCGCCUCCCAACCCAGCCUUUCGCACCCUUGCGCGGACUGCGCCUUCCACGACCCACGUGGACGAGGGCAAAACCGACGAAGCUGCUACUCAGUCCGAUGCACCGCCAAGCGGAAUCUCAACGCCAUCCAAGCGCAAAAGCGCACGCCUGGCCCAGCGGAAGCUUUCCGAAGUGGAGAUCAAUACGGAUCAGAGUCCAUUGAGUCGAACAGCCAGCGAGGGAGACGACGAUCAGAGGCGGCUUCCGGUGCAGGGCAUGUGUGACGUUGUAUCGGUCCGGAUCGACAACCAACGUCCGACCGAAACCCAGUUCAACGAAGAAGAUUUUCUCGACGACGAGUUAAGCGGUGAUGAGGACUGGAACGGGAAUGACGUGGAUAUUGGGGACACCAGCCAUGCAUGGUGA